GAUCUCUCGUGACGUCAUUUGGCGUGAGUUUACGAAAAGUACAUUACGUUGUGGAAAGUGUCAACUUGUGAUUUUGAGUUGAAAUAUUUCUAAAUAUCUAACAAUGACGGAUAAUAAAAGCGAUAAGUCGAAAGUGGAUUUGGGUUUGCUCGAGGAAGAUGACGAGUUCGAGGAAUUCCCUGCAGAAGAUUGGACGGCUAAGGAUGAAGACAACGAGGAUAUCAGUGUCUGGGAGGAUAACUGGGACGAUGAUGAUGUGGAGGAUGACUUUAAUCAACAAUUAAGAGCACAACUUGAGAAGCAAAAGGCUCAGGGUGAUCCACCUGCCAAGGAUAAUUAAUUUGGUGUGUGAUAAAUAUUCCAGAAUGAUACGAAGAAAAAAAAUGGAAUUAGUGCGAAUAAAAUAACAGAGUACUACUGUUUCCAUCGUGUUAAUAUAUUUCAUAAUCUUUGGAUUAUGCUGGUACUGCCAGAGAGAUUAACAAGUAUCUUACAAGUUAUCUAAAACACCAAUAAAACUUUUAUACAAAACAUA